AACAGGUGUCCCCUCCUCCCCUCCCUUUAGGCUCCACCUGUCUUCCCUUUUCCGCGGCGGGCUGGCGACCCAGAAAGCAGCCGUCAUUCAUUAGUAAUGGUAUGCCGAUCCGCCGGGGGGCCGGCCGGCGCAAACCCCCCUCCGUCACCAGAUCGGCGGCAGCUGCUCGGCCCCCCGGUGCUAUUUUCACCCUCAGGAUAAAGUGAUGUGCAACCUCCGCCCGCCCGCACGGCCCCAGCAGCUCCAGUCAGACCCGAACAGAGCCAGGAUGAAGUCCACAGGCAGCGCGCAGCCCGACGGCUUCACCUCCGACCUGGACGACCUGGACAGCGGCAGCGGCAGCGACAGCUCCGAUGGGAAGUCCACCGGCGGCUGCAGCCCGCGCAGAGAGCCGGGGGAGGAGGCAGCCGCCGGAGGUGGUUCCCGUGCCGGGGCGCCGAGACGGAGGAGAAGGCGGAGACGGAGCAGCGGCGGAGGUAGAGGAAGCGGUGGAGACGCUCAUUUGCCCGGCGUCAGCAAACAGCGGCAGGCGGCCAACGCGCGGGAGCGGGACAGGACGCACAGCGUGAACACCGCCUUCACGGCGCUCCGCACUCUCAUUCCCACCGAGCCCGCCGACAGGAAGCUCUCCAAGAUAGAGACGCUGCGUCUGGCCUCCAGCUACAUCUCCCACCUGGCCAACGUGCUGCUGCUGGGGGAGGACUGCCGGGACGGACAGCCAUGCGUCCGCUACCAGAGCAUCCUGCACGGCUCCGCUGCGCUCAGCGCGCCGUCCCUGCGGCCCAUCUGCACUUUCUGCCUCAGCAACCAGAGGAAGCUGCUCAGAGAUGGAGGGAAGCACUCAGCUGCUGUGUGAAGCCAAGACGAGGAGUCCACUUUUAUGUCGUUUACAUGUAGACACGUGGUGUAAAAAUCCCACUUUGUACAUAUAUAAAUAAAUGUAUUUAUUUUUGGAUUAGUUUUAGAAAAAAAACCAAAGAAAGAAUCAACACUGAAAAGCACUUUCUGUCCACGUUCGUGUGCUUCUGAACCUCUGUGUUUUGGUUGAGCUGUAACCUGAGCCGAUGUGUAAAGUUGCACCUGACGGGGGGCUAUUUUGGUCCCACAAAUAGUACAACUACCCCCCAACCCCCCACCCUAUGUCUGACUCCUAAAAAAAAAAGCCUGGUCACCUUCAGUCACAUGAAGCAAACUGAAGAGCAGCUACCGCAGCGGUUGCUGUCAGUUGAGUGGCGUUAACGCUGCCUUCAAGUGCUGUUGGAAAUAUCGCAAGCGCCAUUAACUGAUCAAUUAACACCGGUGGAGACACAUUUUCUCUCCGCCUGUUAAAACAUCACAUAACAUCUCAGGAAUCAGAAAUGUUCCAGUUGUGUUUACAGCUUUAUCGAGUUGAUCACAAGCAAAAUGUAGUUUGUAUUGAAGCCUGACUGAUACCAGUAUUUAUAUGAUGGUUUAAAUGAUCUGGCAACGAUAUCUUGGCAAACAUAUUAAUGAAGAUAUGUAGUGAGCAGGACAAUAGCGUCACUGCUACUUAUUUAGUGUUUAAAGGGGACGUAUCGAGCACAUUUCCAGGUGUAUAUUUAUUUAUAUUCUGGGGCUCUACUG